GGUAACGGAUCGUUUUUAGAUUGGUAACAAUGGCGAUGAUAAGCUUUUCGUUUCCAUCUCCCGCCAAACUUCCUGUUAAAUCUCCACCGUCCGUUUCAAAUCGGAUCAACGUCGCUGACCGUUUGAUUCUCCGUCAUCUCAAUGCCGGAGAUCUCCGUGGAGCAGUUUCAGCUCUUGAUCUCAUGGCUCGUGAUGGGAUUCGCCCCAUGGAUUCUGUCACUUUCUCUUCACUCCUCAAAUCUUGUAUCCGAGCACGCGAUUUUCGUCUCGGGAAACUUGUCCACGCUCGAUUAAUCGAGUUUGAUAUCGAGCCUGACUCGGUUCUCUACAAUUCGUUGAUUAGCUUGUAUUCAAAAUCUGGAGAUUUGACGAAAGCUAAAGAUGUGUUUGAGACUAUGGGAAGAUUUGGUAAGCGAGAUGUUGUUUCGUGGAGUGCGAUGAUGGCUUGUUUCGGUAACAACGGAAGAGAAUUCGAUGCGAUUAAGCUUUUUGUUGAGUUUCUGGAACUGGGUUUGGUGCCUAAUGAUUAUUGUUACACUGCGGUGAUUCGAGCUUGUUCAAAUUCGGAUUUUGUUGGAGUUGGGAGAGUGAUUUUAGGGUUUUUGAUGAAGACUGGGCAUUUUGAGUCUGAUGUGUGUGUGGGGUGUUCUUUGAUUGACAUGUUUGUGAAAGGAGAGAGUAGUUUUGAGAAUGCGUAUAAGGUGUUUGAUAAAAUGUCUGAACUAAAUGUUGUUACUUGGACUUUGAUGAUUACUCGGUGUAUGCAGAUGGGGUUUCCUAGAGAAGCGAUUAGAUUUUUCCUGGAUAUGGUUUUAAGCGGAUUUGAAUCGGAUAAGUUCACACUAAGCUCUGUGUUUUCGGCUUGUGCUGAGUUGGAGAAUUUGUCUUUGGGAAAGCAGUUGCAUUCUUGGGCUAUUAGAUCAGGGCUUGUGGAUGAUGUUGAGUGUAGUUUAGUUGAUAUGUAUGCGAAAUGUUCUUCGGAUGGUUCAGUAGAUGAUUGCAGGAAGGUGUUUGAUAGAAUGCAUGAUCAUAGUGUUAUGUCGUGGACGGCAUUGAUCACUGGUUACAUGCAAAACUAUAAUCUCGGCACAGAGGCUAUUAAUCUCUUUAGUGAAAUGAUAACCCAAGGUCAUGUUGAGCCAAAUCAUUUCACUUUUUCGAGUGCACUCAAGGCGUGUGGAAAUGUUUCAGAUCCACGGGUAGGUAAACAGAUUCUUGGUCAUGCUUUCAAAAGAGGAGUUGCUUCAAAUAACAGUGUUGCAAACUCGGUUAUCAGCAUGUUUGUUAAAUGUGACAGGAUGGAAGAUGCUCGGACAGCUUUUGAAUCACUUUCUGAGAAGAACUUGGUUUCAUAUAAUACAUUCCUUGACGGAACCUGCAGGAACUUGGAUUUUGAGCAAGCUUUUCAGCUUUUAAGUGAGAUCACUGAGAGAGAAUUAGGUGUUAGCGCUUUCACAUUUGCUAGCUUGUUGAGUGGAGUUGCAAAUGUCGGUUCAAUAAGAAAAGGCGAGCAAAUCCAUUCACAGGUGCUUAAACUAGGGCUCUCGUGCAAUCAACCUGUCUGCAAUGCUUUGAUCUCUAUGUAUUCCAAAUGCGGAAGCAUUGACACAGCUUCCCGAGUCUUCAGUUUAAUGGAUAAUCGUAAUGUCAUCUCGUGGACUUCAAUGAUCACAGGUUUUGCUAAACACGGAUUCGCUGAAAGGGUCCUCGAAACAUUCAACCAAAUGACGAAAGAAGGGGUGAAGCCAAACGAGGUCACUUAUGUUGCAAUCUUAUCAGCAUGCAGCCAUGUUGGUUUGGUCUCUGAAGGAUGGAGACAUUUCAAUUCAAUGUAUGAAGACCACAAGAUCAAACCUAAGAUGGAGCACUAUGCUUGUAUGGUUGAUCUUCUAUGUCGAGCCGGGCUUCUCACAGAUGCAUUUGAGUUCAUCAACACAAUGCCCUUCCAAGCCGAUGUUUUAGUAUGGCGUACGUUUCUUGGAGCUUGCAGAGUUCACAGUAACACAGAACUCGGAAAGUUAGCUGCGAGGAAGAUCUUAGAACUUGAUCCGAAUGAGCCUGCAGCUUAUAUACAGCUCUCAAACAUAUAUGCUAGUGCAGGGAAAUGGGAAGAAUCCACGGAGAUGAGGAGGAAGAUGAAAGAGAGAAACUUGGUUAAAGAAGGAGGUUGCAGUUGGAUAGAAGUGGGAGAUGAAGUUCAUAAGUUCUACGUAGGCGAUACAUCUCACCCGAAUGCUCACCAAAUAUAUGAUGAAUUGGACCGGUUAAUUACAGAAAUAAAACGCUGCGGAUAUGUUCCUGAUACGGAUCUUGUUCUUCACAAGCUAGAGGAAGAGGAUGAUGAGGCAAAGAAGGAGAUGUUACUGUAUCAGCACAGUGAGAAAAUUGCAGUUGCGUUUGGGCUUAUAAGCACGGCGAAAUCUAGACCGGUUAGGGUGUUCAAGAACUUACGGCAAUAUCCGGUUUUUUCGAUUAUGGAAUCCCGCAUUCAAAACAAUAUGGGAUCAACAAGCAUUGAAAGCAAUAAGGGGAUUGAAUAUCUGGCGUUGAAUUGUCGAAAACACAGUGCGGUUUUGACGGAUUUUGGAGCUAUUGGAGAUGGAAAAACCUCAAACACGAAAGCGUUUAGAGAAGCAAUAACCAAGCUUACUACAAAGGCGGUUGACGGUGGAGUCCAACUCAUUGUACCGCCGGGGAAUUGGCUCACCGGAAGUUUCAACCUCACAAGCCAUUUUACUUUGUUUAUCCAGCAAGGUGCAACUAUUCUUGCUUCUCAGGAUGAAUCUGAAUAUCCUAUGAUUCCGCCUUUGCCGUCAUACGGAGAUGCAAGGUUUACUAGUUUAAUAUACGGAAGUAACCUAACUGAUGUUGUUAUCACCGGUAACAAAGGAACGAUUAAUGGACAAGGGAAGUCAUGGUGGUUGAAGUAUCGAAGUGGUGGUUUCAAGUCGAUAUCAAGACCUUUGUUGAUCGAAAUCAUCUUCUCCGAAAACGUCCAAAUCUCCAAUAUCAAUUUGAUCGACUCUCCGAUGUGGAAUAUUCAUCCUGUUUAUUGCAAGAACGUCAUCGUUAAAGAUAUUAAAAUCGUUGCUCCUAUCGAUUCUCCUAACACCGAUGGAAUCAACCCUGAUUCUUGCACGAACACACUAAUAGAAGACUGCUCCGUAGUCUCCGGAGACGAUUGCAUUGCCGUCAAAAGUGGAAUCGACCAAUUCGGGAUCGCCACGGGAAUGCCAACACAACAGCUAUCCAUUAGACGUCUCACUUGCAUUUCUCCCGACAGCGCAGGCAUCGCCAUCGGGAGUGAAAUGUCCGGAGGAAUCAAAGAUGUUAGAAUCGAAGACGUGACUCUAAUCAACACGCAAUCCGCUAUCCGAAUCAAAACCGCUGUGGGGCGUGGCGGUUACGUUAAAGACAUUUUCGCUAGGAGAUUUACAAUGAAGACUAUGAAAUACGUUUUCUGGAUGACUGGUUCGUAUAAGCUACAUCCCGUAGGCGGAUUUGAUCCCAAGGCGUUACCGGAGAUUAGCAAUAUUAAUUACCGUGACAUGACGGCAGAAAACGUUACGAUUUCGGCGAAGCUUGAAGGGAUCAAGAACGACCCUUUUACAGGUUUAUGCAUGUCCAAUGUGACUAUAGCUUUGUCACCGGACCCGAAGAAGCUGCAGUGGAACUGUACGGAUGUCUCCGGAGUUACUAGUAGGGUUAAACCGGAGCCGUGUAGUUUGUUGCCGGAUAAGGGAACUACGAUGGAUUGUGAUUUUCCGACAGAUAAGAUUCCUAUUGAGAGUGUUGUGUUGAACAAAUGUUAUGCUUAGAAAUGUGUUUGUAACUUUGUACCGAUUUAUAGGUUUCAUUAAUCGCAUAACUAAAAGAUUGAAUGAUUU